AUGCACGUAACAGAAGGGCCCAGAACCAAGACUCCAGGAACAGGUGAGUAUAAUUUCUUCUGGAUAGGGAUGCUGGAGAAGUCAAUCAAAUGGAAAUGGGAGCACAAAUCACCACUAUUGGCACAUUCAUUUGAGGUCAGGAAUGGAAAUCAUGUCCAGAAAUUUAUGUAAACCAUUUUUUUCUGCAUUGUUUUUCAUUUUUCCCUUCCAUCGAAAUGCAUUGAAAUUAAUUGCACAAUUGAUUGCUUUGGUUUUGGCCUAGAUGAAUAAUGUAGGUUUUAGCAGAAACUGAACUGUAGCAGAACAGAAAGAGUGCUGAUUGUGAUAAGCACAGGAUGGGGUGAAAAUUGCUGCCUCCUUACAUUCCUUACUGCUGAAUAAUGGUCUGAUUCAGGGAUAAGUGCAUGAGUUGGAGGAUGAGCCUUUUGAAAUGAACUUCAUCCUGGGGGGGAUGGAGCUGGAAUGAAGCUAUAGCCACGUAAUAGUUUCACAGAACGGCAAGCUUCCUUUUUUUGUGUGGCCAUGUCAUAUACCAUAUUUUUUGCACCAUAACACUCACUUUUUUCCUCCUAGAAAGUAAGGGGAAAUGUCUGUGCGUGUUAUGGAGGAAAUGCCUACGGGUGGCAUGCCUACGGAUUUUCCUCCUCUAAAAACUACGUGUGUGUUAUGGUCGGGUGCGUGUUAUAGAGCGAAAAAUACGGUAUGUGCUUCUGCUCUGGCUUUUGCUCUUCCCAAAAGGGAUGUCCCACUUGAAAACCAUAGAGAGACAUUCCAGGCAGCAGCAGUGAGUGGUUGCUAGGCAACCACAUUCUAGAGAACAGUUUAGGGAUGGGCAAUGUAGCCAAGAAGUGGAAAAAGAGAUCUGAGUUUUUCAGCUGCCUGAGAGGAGCCUGUGUUUGGGGAUAUGCAGUUUAGAAAGAGAUUAAGAAGUUCCAAAAAGAUGUAGGAUGUGAACUUAGAGGUCAUCCAGUGAAACCAAUUAACUACAGGUGUGAGACGGACCAAGGGAAGUACUUCUUUACACAACCUAUCAUUAACAUAUGGAACUCAUAGCCACAAGAUGUGAUGAUGGACCAGUGGUUUUGAUGGCUUCAAAAAGAGAGGAUACAUUCACAAGGAAAGGUCUAUCAGUAUGAAACUUCCAUGUUCAGAGACAGUUAAGCUUUUCAUAUGGUCAUUCGGAGAUAAGGCUUGUGCGUCCAAAGGUAACUUGAUGAGUGUCUACUCUAAAUCAAAGAGUGUAAGAGUGGAAUGGCUGCAAGUUACUGAAGGUUGACUUUUAGACUCAUUCAAUUACUUAUGUUUCUGUCUUCCUUUUCUGUUGUGAUCCUUCUUUACAUCUGGCUCCUUCCAACAAAACUGGAACUUUCCUCUCCCACCUAUUGCCUGUUGAAAUGCAGCGAGAAAAAAGGGAAAGGUGCCACAGAAAAAUUGAGGCCAAACUCAAGGGAAACAUGCAGUUAAAUACAAUUAUCAAUCAAAAGAAUUUAUUUCCAUUUCUGCUUUACCAUAUGGUUAAAGAUGCUUUGAAAUUUAAGAAGGAAUAUUUACCUUACUGUGUUUUUUUUUAAAAAAAGAAAUUUAUUUGCAUUUUCAAAAACGGGAACAGGGAGCAUACCUUACUAUGUACUAAAUAGCCCCUGGGCUGACCUUCAUGUAUUUUAAACUUUCAUUUAUAGCCCAACCCUCCCUGAAGCUCAGGCUGGCAUGCACGGUUCCCUCCUUCCAUUUAAUCCUCGCAAUUAUUAUGUGAGGUAGGUUAGCAUAAGUAGUGAUUGGCUGAAGGUCACCCAAUGAGUUUCAUGACUGGAAGUUUGAACCUGGGUCCUCCCAGUUUGAUACUCUAACCAUUACAUCAGGGGGUUGCUAUCAUGUGCCAUCCAGUACCUUCCCAGGUACCCUUGGGCAUCCCCAUUCAGCUGUAACAGUGUCUCCGCGGCAUCUCCCCCAAGAGUCCCUGUCAAGGUUGACUAGAAGACUCUUGCUGGUUUUCAAAUAUUCUCAGGGAUGGACUUUGGUAAUCCUUCAUAAUAUGGCACCCUGCGUGAGGCCAAAAUUUGAUGCCCCCAAAUAGAUCUUCUGAAUUGUGGCUCUUCUCAAUUUUGUGUCCCCCUCAGUUCGGUGCCCUGUCUGGGGGGCGGAACUGCCUGCACCACGCUAAAUCCAGCGCUGCUAUUCUGUUUGCUGUUACUCCACCCUUCGAUAUUUUCACUGCUAUGGAAUGUAGAUAUUAAUUCUGCUUAUCUCAUGCAUUGCUGUGACAUGCUCUAUGGGGAGCUGGCUUCAGGCAACAGGCCAAUUGGCAGACCAACUCUGCAUUACGAAAACCUCUGCAAAUGUGACAUGGUGGCUAGUAACAUCAACCCUGCCAUGUGGGAAUCCCUUCCAGAUGACCUCAGUGGCUGGAGACAGACAGUCAUGUCGUGUAUCCAUAGCAGUGACCAGAGAAAGAAUGACUGCUGGGAGGAGUGCAGAAAGAGCAAACACCAUGGUGCAUCUGCAGCAGCCCAACCAGACACCUACAUCUGCCCCAGCUGCAACAAAACAUGUCUCUCCUGUAUCGGUCUCUACAGCCACAGCAGGCUCUGUAACCAUCCAGCAAUUUGACCCCCAAAGCCACACUCCUCCAUUGUCUCCUGAAACAGAUGGAUACCAGCAAUGGCAACAAAUGUUGUGGUGUUUUCUCACUAUCUGGAACACUGUAUUUUAAAGUAGAGUGUUGCUCUAUCUUCACUUUCUGAUUAAAGGUUUAUACAUACUGUUAUAAUGGUGUCCUUUCAAAUGUUUCUUCUUCUUUUUUGGAAUAAUAGAAUCAUAGAAUUGUAGAGUUGGAACGGGCCCCCCGGGGUCAUCUAGUCCAACGCCCUGCGAUGCAGGAAUCUCAACAUGUGGUCCCCGCAUUCAAUUCGAAACCAGACCAGACCCUGCUUAGCUUUGCAAAUGUGCUAGCAGUUUUAUUGUGUUGCUUUUAAGUCUGCAAAGCCAUAUCUUGUGUGUAAUAUUGUGUGUGUGCGAUAUUAAAUUAUUCAGACCGGUUUUGUAUGCAUCCCCCAAGAUAGUGUUUACAUUGCAUCUGAAGCACAAGAUUAAAUACACACAAAUCUCAUACACCCUGCCCAGCCUUCUUUAUUACACACAUGGAUGGUAUUGUGAUAUAUGGAAAGAAAGAAAAAGCCAUCCUCAAAACACACCAAAACUUAAAUGAGCAUUAAAAAAUUACCUCACAAGAAUUGCAGGUAUCCAAAUAUUUCAAAUCUGAAACCUGAAGAAAAUACUGAGAGAGACAAGCCAUUUCUCAAUUUCAGCAGAAUAUCUUUCUCACUGUGUGGAAAGUGUCAUGAUAUGCUUUUCAGAGUGGCCAUUUUAGUCUCUUACAGAAAAAAAACUCAUUUUAUUGCACCCGAAAGACUAACCAAACUAUUAAGAUAUGACUUCGGGUGCAUCUGAUGAAGUGAAUUUUAGUCUAGAAACAUUUAUGCCAUAAUUUGUUAAGGUGCCACAAGACUCUGUUAUUACAUGAUUCACUUGUGACUUUGAUACGAUACCUCCAAAAUUUAGUACUUCAGCAUAUUUUUGGUGGAGCCAUCCUGUCUUAACUGAGAUGUUCUGAACUCUGGCUGCCAUCAGCUCCUGUUAAAGUAUCCAUGAAUGAUUCCAGAUGAGGCUUCCCUUAUGCAAACCAAUGAUAUCUUGUUCCUGGGUGUUGCAGAGGUCUGUGUGAGGCUUGUAGACCUCAGUGUCUUACAUUGCUGCCUUGGUUUUUGAUUUUGUUUCAGAGCAUGAGCUUCUAGAGGAGCUGCUGACUUAUGAUGACCUCUUUCUGGAAACAUUCAAUGCUUUUCUGGCUAUGCCUGUGAGUAGAGGUCACAUCUUUUCCUGUUAUCUGAACUCUGGGUUUUGACUGAGUUCGAAGAUACAUUCACAGUUGUGAUAUGCUGUUCUUCUCAGAGAACAGUGCAUUGGGGUUUGGUUUUUUAAAUGUAAAUGGCUGGUGGGUGGGGGAUAUUUGUGGGAAAGGGCUGCAUGCAAAAGGUCCCAGGUUCAAUCCCUGGUGUCUCCCAAGUGCGGAUGUGAAGUGUUUCUUCCUGAAAUUCUAGAAAGCCACUGCUUAGUAGGUGUGGAUAAUACUGAACUAGAUGGACCAGUGGUUUGACUUGGUAUAAAGACGGUUUUUAUAAGAUCAGGACUGGGCAAGGAGAAUUAAUCCUUGCCCCACCUCACACUGCAACUCUGAUGAAUAUUGCCCCCUAAGCUGUAUGUAAAUGGAGAUUUCAUUCCCAGGGUUAAUAAUGGCUCCAGGAAUGAAUUUUCAUUGGGAUCACAGUGGAUGCGGGGAGAAGGGCAAAUAGCAGAGGUGGCCAGGAUCCAUUGGGACUGAUAGGUCAGAAAGCUGGGAGACCAACAGCAGGGGGAGCCAGAGCCCAUGGAAGACAGAACCAAGUACCGUAUUUCCAUUUGUGUCCCCAUCUUCCAUUCCUGGCCUCUCACCUCCCAUGACACACUUUUAAAAACAUUUUAUAAAUGUGAGGCAUGACUGAAGAUAUGCAUAAGCAUAUUUGCAUUUUUUAAAAACAAACAAAGUUACUUGUUUGAUGCAAUGGAGUAAGGACAAGACUAAAUGCUUGCUCAGUUGCCCUUCCAGCAUUCCACUUUCUGGCAUAUAUAUUUGUAGCACCAGUUGCAAAGCUAGGUUUUAAUAGCUGCUGAAGGACCUGUGGUGAGUGACAGCUCAGAAAUACUCUGUGCUCAUAUUCUUCUUAGAACGAAAAGUGACCUCUGCAGAGACUGUUCUACUGGCUUUUCAGGUGAUGUGUCACUUUCCUGCCUAAAGGGAUGCUUUUUCUCUUUCAAGUAGGCUUUCCCUCUUAGACUGCAUUACGAACGGCUGACAGGACGACUGCAGGAGCUGGAUGGCUUCCUCUUGCCAAUUGAGUCCAAUUCUCUUUGCUAUGGAGCAACCGAUACAGAGAGGGAAAGGGCCCUGAGCUGGUUAGCGCAGGAGCGCUUCCUCCCAUUUCAAAGGUUGAGCACUGAAUCUGUUUGCAUUUUCCUAUGCAAUGCUCUGCACUAUUUCUCACCUUUCCGUUGACCUGUCACAUUGCAGGUAUUUUCCAUGCUUCAGAUAUGGGUUCAGGGUUUUGUUCCUGCUGCUGUGAAUUCCUAUGUGUCUAUAAGGUGGUUGCAGUCAUUUUAAUCUUGCAAAGAGGGAAAUGGACAGGAAACACAGAAGCCAUUAAAUGUCAUGUAGUGUGUAAUAUGCCCAUUCUACAGAUCAGUUUUAUUUGUUUGGCCCAGUCAUGUUCACAGCUAGAACAACAGAACCAGUUCCUGUGCUUAAUUUCAUCCCAUAUUAUAUUGGGCCCCUUAAUUACUUUCAAAAGCGGUACUGAGCUCUGGGACAUGACUCCUUCCAUGCAGUAUUGCAUUAAUCGCAGGCAACCAAAGAGGAUAAUUUGAGCAUGUACUUUUCCUUCCCUCAUAAGUAACAACAGUUAAACUUCAAGCCCCUGAGACCAAGGAGCUUGAAUAGAUAUUCUCAUGCUGUGUCCAAGCAAAUCUGUCCCAGGUUGCAGUCACGUGGGAUGAAGACCCAAUGCCUACUGUGGACUUCAGAAUAAGGGUGCAUAUGAUUGUGAUACAAAUCAAGAAAUAAACUACUUGAGCAUCCACAGAUGCAACUGAAGACAUUUCCAAUGUUAGAAAACCCGCCAAUUCCUUUUGGUGCAGGGUUAGGGAACCUGUGGCCCUUCUGAUUGUUGAACUCCAACUCCCAUCAGUCCCCGCCAGCAGGGCUAAGGGUUAAGAAUGAUGGGAGCUGUAGUCCAGAAGCAUCUAGAGAUCCCCUCCAGUGCUAAAGACAGAACUACCAGCCUAAACCCCAUGUUGCAAUAUAAGAACAAAUUUUCUGAAGAAGUGUGCAUGCACACGAAAGCUCAUACCAAUAACAAACUUAGUUGGUCUCUAAGGUGCUACUGGAAGGAUUUUUUUUGUUUGUUUCGACUACGGCAGACCAACACGGCUACCUACCUGUAAACAAAUUUUCUGUCACAGAAGCGUGUGCAAGUAGACUUUCUGAAGGGGGGGAGGGAUUUGUGAAUCAUGCCCCCCUUUUCUAAUUUGUAAAAGUUAACAGUUUAACUGUGAAUAUGAUGCAUGUAUCACCUAAAAUAAUUUUCUAAAGGAUAAAGUGGGCUUAGAAUAAUGCUUUGCAGCCCUUCCUGUGGCCUGGUGCUCUGAGCUGUCACUGUUUCUGAAGCGUUCAUUUGCUGCCUGUUUCCUGCUAGGACUCUCUUUUACCUGGAGUAUAAACUGGCAAAGCUGUUGCUGUGUCCUCUGGAUGAGAAGUACCCAGGGAGUCGCUAUGCAAUUCGUGGGUUCAGUCGCCAGUCUGACAGCACUGCCAUCUCCAGCAUCCCCAGCCAUUCAUCAACAGAGCGGCAGCCCACUGGAGUCCCAAGCCACGUGCUGCUAAGACUUCCUAGCCAAACACGCAGUACUCCGGCCUGCCUAGGUGAGUCUCCCUCAGCUGCUGUUUUCUUCACCCACAGGAGUGGAUCUCCUCAGCCAUAUCUUGGUCCCUUUCCACUGCUGGAGAGAUGCCUGUCAGUCUCUUCGCAUGUUUAGCUCUCAGACUGCUAUUUGGUUGGCUGGAAAGAAGAAAAAACUAUGGUGUGUGACUGCACUUGGAAUACUGUGUAUAGUUCUGGUUGCCUCACUUUGAAAGGUAUUUUAGAGAUGGAAAAGGUGCAGAAAAUGGUAAUGACCAAGGAUCACCUCCUUUGUCCAGCAAUAGCAACCUUUUUACUUAGUACAUGAAGCUGCCAUCUCUUAAUAGCCAUUGAUAGAUUUGUUGUCAGUGAAUUUGUGGCUAGUUCUUUUUUUUUUUUACAAUUCAUUAGAGCACAAUUUUUAUUAAUUUAAAAAGACUACCAGCUUUUAGUACAGUUCCAUGCAGUAGCUUCAAUAGAGGUGUCAUAUAGACAAUGUCAUAAAGAACAAAGUUUAGUCAGUUAAAGGGAAAGAUUGCAGGGAGGGGUUGAGUUUUUUGCAAGAGUAAGAAGAAAGCAAGAUGAACUAUGGAAUGUAUCAAGUUUUGUUUAAAUCACAGUUCUCCAGAGCUUUUGCUUUAGUUUAAACAAAACAUGCAACCAUACAUUGUGACAUUAUUUUAGGGAAAAUAGGGGGAAACAUUAUGGAAAACACUUGUUGAGAAUUCUGACUGGAAGGCUAGUUCUUUUUAAAGUAAUCCAAGCUAAGAUUCCUAAGAGGAACCUGCCAAGCAAAAGUAAAAUUAUUUAUGUUGCCUUGACCAUGUCAAAAGGGAGUUUGGAAAAUGACUUAGAUGGGGCAGGAUCCAAACCUUCCUACUGUCACAUGAACCCAUUGCACUUGCUUCCAUUCUACUCCCAGGUAGGGAGCAAGCCUCGCCAUCCAUCAGCUCAUCUGUAAACAUUUUCUUUCUGAUCCCUCUAACCUUCUGUCUCCAUGCUUUCCUGCAGGACAUUUUGUAAGAUCAUCUGGCCAAACCUCCACUGAGAUAUCUUUGGAGUUCCCAGGUAUCUUGAGUUUAGCUCUAUCUCCAGCCACAGAACAUCUGAGCAGGCUCCAGCUCCAGAGACUCCUGUCUGACUCCAGCAUACGAAGAGCAACUGGUAGGAACCCUGCAGCCAGGUUGGGGAAAUUGGAGGUUGGCUAAGAGCUAACUGGAAAAGGGUGCAUUCGUUGCCCUGGCCCCUGGAAGGAAGUGCUUUCGAAGGCCAGCUAUUUGUGAUUUUGCUUCUGAUAUGCGUCCCCUUACAGGAAGGCUCAGAAGUGACUGGACCAAUGCAGGUGAGCCAGUGGUAACUCCAAUUCAUCUAAGCAGGGCUGCUCUCGCCUCCUCGCCUGAUCAAGAAUUCACUGAACUUCACAUGGAUGGGUAAGUCUGGCUGCUAAAAGUGCCAUGACGAGGAUACUAAAUUAUUUCUAACCAAGUUAAUGUAAUGUUCUCCUGCCAGAUGAAAUGGUCUUGUGAAACCUGAAAUCUGUUGUCCAAUGUGUACGGCAUAGCUCACUUUUCAUGGUGACUAUGAAUUCAAGUUUUCCAUGCUUGUGAGUUAUCUAAUGCAAAAUGCUGUUGCCGGAAUAUUUACUGGAUAAAGGUUAUCAGAACAGAAUUACAUCCAUAUUGGUUGAUCUACAAUGGUGGCCAGUCCAUUACUGUGUCCAAUUUAAGGCAAUUGUUUUAAGCUUUAAAAACCUAAAACAGCUUGGGACCUGAGUACUUUACAGACUGCUUUCUUCCAUAUGUUCCUCCCUGCAUGCCUUGUUCAUCUUAUGAGAAUAUGAUCCAGAUUUCUUGGCUGCCUGAAGCACAGCAACACGGUGUUCUGCUUUAUCAGUGGUGGCACCCAUUCUGUAUAUUGCACAGGCAUGUUGUAAUAGUAUGUUUCCUACAUCAGACUAAAUGAACUUUGAUAUCCCUUUGAACUAUCUAAUUCUGUUAAUGCCCUACGAUUUGCCUGCAAAAAGCUGUCCCCAUCAAUUGUCUGGUUUUGACACACUGUUCCAUCUGUUCCUUUCGAAGUUGUCGGAAGCCAUUUUCAGGUUCUGGGAAGGUUUUGCAGUUUAACUUGAAUGAGACAAGGAACUCCCAGGAAGGGGAGGUGGACACAUUUAUUUCGCCUUGCUUUGGAAGUGCCGCUCUGCAGCAGCUAAAAGAAGAGAUCCUAGGGACUGUGAGUAAUGUAGCAUCCUGCUGAGAAACUUGGCUUGGAGGCAUUCUCUCUAUCCAGUUCAUUUUCCCCACUUCCUGACUUCUAUGGAUCCAUCUAUAUAGCAUAGCUCAGUCGGUUAGAGGGUGAUGCUGUUAAAUGCCAAGGUUGCAGGUUCGAUCCCCGUAAGGGACAGCUGCAUAUUCCUUCAUUGCAGGGGUGUCAACUAUAUGAUCCUUAGGGUCCUUCCCAAGUCUCUGAUUCUAUGAUCUUGUAUUUCGAUGAUGAAUACCAAAGCCACAGGAGAAAAGGUGGUUGUCUCACUCUGUUCAAUGGUGAUGUGAACUGCAGUGUUAACAACAGUGGCCCUAUUAGGGCAUUCGGUCUCCAUGCAUGUAGAACCCUCCACUAGGCUUAGAUUGAUUAAAGUUAUAGAUUGUUUCCCACUACGAAAAGUCCCAACACAGUUUACAGCCAAAAUAGAAAUGUAAUAAUAAUAAUAAUAAUAAAUUGCACAAACAUGUUAAGACAUAAUAAAGAAUACAGUGUCAUGAAAGAAUUAGUUCUCAAGGUAACCACCCAGAACAUGACAGUCAGUUGAAAGUUGAAAACACAAUUGUCUUUGCCUGAUGCUGAAACAAUGGCAAAGUUGGUGCCAGAUGGACCUCCCUGAGGAGAGCAUUCCAUAGACAGGGGGGCUACUACAGAAAAGACCCAUUCAGGGCUGUACUUGGCACGAGGGGCCUCCAUGAGUAAACUGGGUAAAAAUGGCAUGUUGGUAAGGGCAGGGCUUUGAAGCACCACACACACACCCCACUUCUCCCUGCAUGUAACUUUCCCCAUUUUUUCCCUCUUGUGCAACGUAGCCAUAGAAUGGGCCCUCAGAUGUAUAGUUGUGGGCAGGUGGCAUUCCCUUCUCCUCUCAGGUGCUUACAGCUCUACCAGCCAUCUUUCCCCUCCCCCCCUCCCUCUUGUAUUGCAGAGGGCUGGCAUGGACAGCUUCAGGGAGUUCCUCCAUGGCACACUGGGAAUCCACCUCCUUGACUUCUGGAUUGACUGUGAGGAUAUUAUGGAGCACACCACGCACCUGGAGAAGGCCAGAACUGCAUCCCAGGAUAUCCAGCUGUUCUUUUUCAGUGCUCUUCGGUAUGGAUGCAAAUGAAUUUUUCAAACUAAAUGUGGAGGCGAAUAGCUAUACAGAUGUGACAUGGAAGAUCCCUGACUGGGUCUUUUUAUAAAGCACUUGUUGCUGUGCUGUAGCUACAAGGAGCAAAGGCCUAGCCAUCAUCAUCAUCAUCAUCAUCAUUAUUAUUAUUGCCCUGGGUGAAGCCUCCAGAGGGGUGGGUGUGUGGGUGAGCCAAAUUGGGUCUUUGACCUGGAUGAAAUAAAGCCUAGUUUCGCUCCUGCUUGUUAGCUGGUAGAAGAUGCUUAACUCUUUCCUUCAUGCUGUUUACCAAAACUGUAUCACCUUCAAAGCUGCUAUUAGCUCCACAGCAUGGAUAAAUGCGGGCACCUAUGAGAUGACUGUACUUCCCACACCCCCAGUGGGGCUAAUAGCGAUGCUGGUGCUGUGUUGCACCACACGGUCCGUCACCACUUCAGUGUUUCUUAAACAUCUGGGUGGUAUCACCCUAGAAGAGAGCCCCAUGCAGGCUGACGCCAUGAUGUGUUAGUAACAAACGGGCUCUGAGUUACAUGGCCCACCCACUUGCCCCACCAAAUCUAAGUUUCUGGCUCGGCCAGCUUGCACUCAGCUCAGACUUUUCCUGCUCUAGCUUUUCCUUCCUCUUUUGUUGGCAGGAGCAUUCAAGCCAAGUACAAGCUGAUGCUUCCUCCUGCCUGUCGGGUGAGUAAUGCUGCUCGGGGUGCAGGUGCCCCUGCAUUUUUCCAGGUCACAGCUUUAAGAGAACCUUUGCUCUCCCCGGGGAAACUGACAAAUCUGCCAACUGCGUAGCUCAGCUGCUAACCUGCAUGGGGGUGGAAGCCCAGGGACAAAUGUCUACCUCCUACCACCUCCUCUGUCAGGAAAAUUCUUUGUUUCCUGAAGCUAAGGCCUGAAUCUCUUGAUGGGUGGGGUGUGUGUGUGUGUGUUUUGUAUCAGAGCAAGCUUCUGUAGCCUCUUUCUAUCCUCUCUCUGUUGGCCUUUUUACCAUUGUUUCCAACUUUGCAUUGUGGGUGCUACCAGACAUGGACUAUUUUUGCAGCAUUCAGUAAUGGCUGUUCUGCUUUAAAAAUAAAACCUCAUUGCAGGUUGAUUCUGCAUCACCCCACUGUCUCCACACCUUCCCAUUGUGGGUGGACCUAUACCAAAACUGCAAUCACCAGCUCUUUGUGUCUCGUUCAAAUGACAGUCUUGUCCUUUUGUGUUCUUUGACAAAGACAUCUGAUUUGUUCCUCCUCCCUGGCUAUGAUAAUCUCUGCCCAUCACUUAAGCCUUUUUGGACCAUCUUAAGACAAGUCAGCAGAACAUGAGAGUUAUCAACAGUCUUUUGCAAAGUCUUAAAAAGGCAUCGCCUUAGAGCACCCACAUGGAUAGUUCUAUGUAUAGAACUCAGGAAAUCUAUAAGAAUGUGUGAAUAAUGAGAACAACUUAUUUAAGCCUUACCACCUGUGAAAGAGCUUAGGCCCCAUUUAUAUGAAGGGUAUCUGGUGUGAUUGUUGUUGCUUCUGUGGUAGUUUCCAUUCCAAUUGGCAUAUUCCACACCCUUUGAAGUACAUCCCUUGCUUAACAAGCUGUUAAAACAGGGCUGGGAAAUUUGUGGUCCUCCUGAUGCUGGUGAAUCUAAUUCCCAUCAGCCCAAGCCAGUAUGGCCAAUAGGCAGGGAUGAUGGGAGUUGUAGUCCAAUAACACCUUGGGAGCUGUCACACAGGUGACACAUCCAGUGCCAGAUUUACUUAUAAGCUAAAGGAGCUAUAGCUUAGGGCCCCACUCUCUUGGAGGACUCCCAAAAAAUUAAAGGAAAAAACAAAUGGAUGUACAUUUCCAAAAUAAAAGAUAAAAAAAAAAUAAAAUAAAACCCACAUACAGCAACAGUGUUUUUUGUUGUGCAGGCUCCUAUUUGUUAUGUUCAAAUGGCUUUAGAUACCUCUUAGGUCCAUAAAUUACCAUAUAGCAUAUAUUCAACACAAAAAACAGUGACAAUUUGUUGUUGACUAGGGCAGCUGGACAUAUAAAGGGCCCCAUUACCUUCAGUAGCCUAGGGCCUCAUCAAACCCAAAUCCGGCCCUAGACACAUCCUUGUAUUAGAGGAACUUUGCCCGGACUCAGCCAGUGUGAGAGCAAUGAAGGAGGUGGUAGCAACUGCAAAUGUCUAGAAGAAACAUGACAAGUGGUUAUUUAAUUUCCCUUUUAUACAAAUUGCAUAAUAACAUUACUGCUUUCCUGACCCUCUGCUGGCAGCAGCAACGCGAUGAAACUUCAAGCCCUGAGGAGACUGCUUUUGCUGCCUUGAGCAGAAACCAAUACGAUGCUUUGAGGCGCCUGCGCUCCUACUGGGUUCCCCGGUUUCUCAUUCACCACCAGAGGACCAGGCAGUGCAGGUUUGUGUGUUGAGGGAUCAUGAAAUGAACGGGAGUUUUUUUUUUGUUUUGAGUACCUUUCUGAUAAUAUUUUUUAUUACUUUUUUGGCAUACAAAAUUUUUUAAGACAUACCACACAAGUUAUUAUACAUAUGUCCUUGUUUGGACUUCCUUCAGCAUCUCUGAUAGUCUUCCGUCUUGAUUAUUUCUGCUGCAGUUCUUAACUUAAUAUUGCCUUUACCUUUUCUAACAAAUCAUUUCUCCCUUUCCAUUUUUACAAUAUUUCUUAAAUUACUCCUCACAGAACUUCUUGUAGUCCUACAAGACUACGUUUGUAGAAAUGAACGGGAGCUUGGGGUGUGCGGAAUGGGUUAUUUUUUUCAGCUGCACCGGGCAGUAAAAUUAUAUUUCUCUGUGUUAUGUACUGAGUUGAAUAGGAUCCAAAAUGCAGCAGUCUGAUUGGUCCUAGAACAAUAGGAUUCAGAAUGCAGCAGUCUGAUUGGCCCUAGAACAAUAGGAUUCAGAAUGCAGCAGUCUGAUUGGCCCUAGAACAAUAGGAUCCAGAAUGCAGCAGUCUGAUUGGUCCACAGGAGCCACCCAAUCCAGCUCCAGGUGAAAGUGAAUCCGCAACCUGAUUGGCCUACAAGUGAAUCCUGGAACUGGCCAAUCACGUGGGGCCCAGUGUGUAAAUAAUGUAUUUAAAGCAGACAUUCUGAGGGAACUUCCAUUCCUCCUCACCACUAUGAGCUGAAUAAAGAGCAUGAAAUCCACUCUUGACUCCAAGUAUAUUUCACUCUGGCAGCAAAAUUCAAUAACCAGAGAGGCCUUUGACAGGAAGAUGAGGCAACGUCUUUUUCGUUUAGAGAAAAGGCAAGUGAGGGGUCACUUGAUACAAGUUUAUAAAAUUACGAACUGCAUGGAGCAAGUGGAUAGAGAAAGAUUUUUCUCCUUCCCUUCUAAACACUAGAACUUGUGGGCAUAAAAUGAAGCUGAAUGUUGGAAGAUUCAGGGCAGAUAAAAGAAAGUACCCCUUCAUGCAGUUAAACUAUGGAACCGCUCCCACAGGGGGCAAUGAUGGUCACCAACUCGGAUGGCUUUAGGAUUAGACAAAUUCAUGGAGGUUAAUGGCUACUAGCCAUGAUGGUUAUGCUCUGCCUAAAUAGUCAGAGGCAGAAAUGCUUCUGAAUGCCAGAAUUCGGAGGAGGAGAUAGUGAUGUUGUGCUCAGGUCCUGUUUGCAGGAUUCCCACAGGCACCUGGUUGGCCACUGUGAGAACAGGAUGCUGAAAUAGAUGGGCCAUUGGCCUGAUCCAGCAAGCUCUUCUUAUGUUCUUAUGAGACAUCUAGGGCAGGUAAACAGGAGCUUGGGUUGUUGCACAGAAUCAUUGAGUUGGAAGGGAGGCCAAAGGGGGAUCUAAUCCAGUCUCCGACCAAUGCAUGGAACUCCCUACUUUCACUAGAGCAGGGAUGGGGAGCCUCAGGCCUCAGGGCCAAAUGCAACCCUCCAUGCUUCUCUGCCUGGCACUUGGGACUCUCCCAAUGCCACACCUCUCACCAGCCUAGCUUUGCACCUUCCCUGGGUGCUCUUGCCAGGCUGCAAUGUGCCCUUGAACUCUGGCAAUGCCUCUUGCUUGCCUAGUUGGAGGCCGGAGAGGGAUGUGUGAAGAAACUAGCCUUCUGUACAGAAGGUAAAAUUCACAUUCAUUGUUACAUAUUAACAGCUGCUACACUGAACAUUUAAAAGUGAUCUUCAUGUGGUGACUAUAAUGUGCAAAUUGGCUCCUCAGGGCGCUUGCAUUCUCUGUUGUCUUCCUCAAGCUGAGGAGUUUGCUGAUGUCCUAUCGUCUCCCUCUCUCUUUCAAAUGGGGAAAGUGGAAGGCUGUUUGUUGGCUCAAAAUAAUGCCAGUCUAUUUAUGUUAACACUUCUGAAUGCUUAGGCUCAGUUCAGGCUUCCCAGUCGACAAGGAGCUCUUCCCAAGUACUGACUUCCUGUCCUCUCUUAACAUGGCGGCAUUGCUUCCUGUUGUGGAUGACCAAAGGGACACAAUGAGAAAUGAAGACUCGAGAAUGGUGUGCGUACCAACCCUUUAAAAUCACAGAAUGCUUGGUUCUGUUUUAUUUCUGACCUAUACUGUUAUCCUAUGAUCAUAAAUAACUCUCUUGAUGUAAGAUAUGCUGGUGAAUUUCUCCCUGCUGCAACCCUUCCCCGCUCCCCCAGCAGUUUGAUCAUCCCAUGGUCUGUAAUUGACUAAGUUAAGGCGACUUGAAAUUAAUGUGACUUGAUAUUAGGGACUUGUGGGAAACUCGCAUGAGAAUUUGGGGUGAGCCAGGUCUCUUUAAAGCAGGGGGUGGGGAAGCUGUGCCCCCCAGAUGUUGCUGGACCACAACUCCCAUCAUUCCUGACCGUUGGCCAUGCCAGCUGGGAUUGUUGAGAGCUAGGAUUCAGUCACAUCUGGAUAGCUGCAGAUUCCCAAUACAUGCUUCAAGGCUUUCACUGGUAGUCGUGGUGACCAAGUAUGUAUUUAGGGUAACUCGGCUUUAUCAAAUAAGCUGAGUUUCAGAGAAUCUGGACACAGUUCUAGCCCUUGAUCCACUGCAUCUAGCAGUGAGGCCCUGAAGGAACAUUCGACUCUUUGCUACGGCUGUGAUAUCUGUCCAUCUUUGCUUCAGCAAUUUAGGAUGAACAGAAAAAGUAGAAUUGGUCCAAGCAAGCAGCUGGACCUCCCAGCAGACCCCUCUGAAACACUGACGACCACCCGAUUUCUCCAGGUACUGAUGUGUGACCUGGGGGAUGGUGACGGCUUUCUUCACUACUUGACUCGGUGAGUUACGCUUUUCUUAGCAGCCUGAACAUUUACUGUUCUUUGUCGGGGUGUGUGUGUGUUGCUUCCUAUCUGUGACCCAAGGGAGGAUAUUCACUUGUGGGGAAUGUUUUCGCAUCCUUGUGCAGACCAGCUGUCUCCUUAUAUUCCUGGUUUUAUUGGCGGCAUUUUUCCCAGUUCUCUGUUAAGCUAAGGGAGGCAGCUUUCCUGGUUUACCCUUCAGGUUUGAGGAUCCUCAGAAGACCCAUAACCUGUUGCUGUGGAGGAAGCUGAAGCUCUAUGAGGCUGCAUGGGCGCAGGAGGCAAGCCAGUCAGAAAUUCACCAUAUUGCUUGGCAGAUUUUUCAGACAUUCAUGGCGUCUUAUGCGGGAUGCAACACAGGUGAGCUGUCCAGGAAUGUGGAGCAGCAUUUGUUACCUCUGCUCUGUCAUAUGCCUCUGAGGUGGCACGAAGCUAGGUCUGUUAGGAGUGAGAACCCUUUGAUCUGUUGAGGGCCACAUUCCUUCAGAGUUUAUCUCUUGGGGAACACAUGCCAGGGAUGGGAAAGACCACAGUUAAAAUUGCACCUCUCUCUCUCUCUCUCUCUCUCUCUCUCUCUCUCUCUCACACACACACACACACACACACACACACACAUGAAGGAAUUUGAGAGGGGUGUUCCAGAGAGAGAAAUAGCAGGCCUGCAGCAUACACAGAGCUGUUAACACUGAGGCAGCAUACACACCAAAUCCUUAAAGCAAACACCUUUCCCCCAAAUCCUGGGAAUUGUAGUUUGUUAAGGGUGCUGGGAAUUGUAGUACUGCAUGGGGAAACUUGGUGUCUAAGUAAUAGCUUGUCCAAAGAACUAUCAUAGCAAACCUGCACGUUGAAGAUGGGGGUCUUAAGCCAACCUUGUGUUCUGCUUCUCCUUUCCUUGCAGGGCUUAGCGCCCUUAUACUGGAAUACAUCCAGCAUCUUGAGAGGAUGCUUUCCUUUGGCAGUGAAGACCUGAAGCCUUCCACUUUUGAACCAGUGGUUCCCUAUGUUCUGGCUGUUCUGGAUGAGAUGUGGCUCCAUUAUCUUCGCCAUGAAGUCACAACUUUCCUUGAGUGAGUCCCAAGCUGUCCUACACUGUCCCACCAUGUAAGAUGGUGUAGUCUGAGUUUAAACCCAGUUGCUGCUUUAUUGACAAAAUAGGUUUUGAGAGUCAGUAAAGAAAACUUUAAUUAUCCUUUUGCCAGUCGGCCAGUGCUCUUUGCAAAUAAUUUUUAAGCUUUUGGUUGUAAAAGGGGGGAAAUUGCCAUCUAAUUUUCUUUUUUGCAGAUACUGUGUACCGGAAUCUCACGACGAUGACCAAAGUAUCAUGAGUGAAGGCGAUAGAGUAAAACAGGAGGGAAAUGAGAGGUAAUACAGAAUGCUGUGGAAACAAAGGAGCAACUUAGAUGCUGAAUUCUAUUUAGUAGAGGCCUGGAUUUACAAAAAUGCUGUUCUGUUAGCCUCUGUGCCCUUACAAUAUCCUACUUCAUAAUCUAAUGAAUGAAAAAUAAUAUCUGGGAAGAACAGGGUACCUAAAGUUUUUUGGGUACCAGCAAAUGUCUGGCUUACCCCUGGGUCUGCUGAUAACCUUUCCAUUAUGUGGAACUUAAAGUGUAGCAGAAGCUAUUAACGGGGCGGUUUUCAACACAAUCUAAAAGCAUUUCGCUUAAUGUGAAUUCAUUUUCAGUUUAUAUAUCUGAGAGAGAGAGAGAGAGAGAUUCUAGCCCUAAUAGGUGUGGAGGAAAGGAAAGUUUGAAAACACAUGUGCAAAAUCUGUAAAUGGAGUUUGGUCAUGGCUACUGAAAUGAAAGAGCAGGGUUUGCUUUCUCUGCCCAAGCUCUUAUCUUCCUGUCCAGGUUGCUUUUUCAGGCCAUCCCCACCCUUCUUUUGACCUUUCCCACCUCACUCAGUGCCCAGAUGAAACCCAAACUACUGCAGUCCCUUUACAUUUUGCAAAAAUAAAAUAAAAUGCAUCAUUCCUUGGUGAUCUGGGUGAUUUAUUCUUAAAAUGGAACUUGCAUUUCAUUGCUACACCUCUGGAAUAUCGUUGCCCCCCCCCAAGUCCUCUGAGUGAUAAAUAUUUAUGGGCUAAUACUUUGCGAGCAGGGAGGCUUCAUAUCGAACGAUAACGUGAAGCUGUGAUUCCCGAGUUCUGCAAUGAUCUUCAUUUGUGUGGCCCUUCCUGCAGGAUAAAGAAACGGAGGCAGAAUGCUUGGCCACAUCAUGACCAUAAAGGCAGAGGGAGACACAGGAAAAGAAGCAGGAAGAAGGCAGCCAUGAUGUCUCACUGCACAGGAAGUGCUGCUGAGCAAGAGGCAACUGGAGAGAGGUCACCAAGCCCUCAAGAUGCGCCCACCCCUCAAAAUGCACCCGACCUGCUCAGCAACACCGUUGUUUUAAAUGUUUAUAGGAAGGUGGCUCAUAAAACUCAGGAUGUGGCGCUGCAAAGGAUUCUGGGACUGCUCCAGGAAGUGGAGGCUUGCCAGGAUGCUGCCCAGAGUGAAAAGCGCCUGGGUUGUGUGACGAGGCUUCUAGAGAUCUGGGACAAGCCAGGAGCUGUGGGAUCAAGUGCCUGCUUCCCAGAAGAGCUGAAGAUGAGGUUAAAGAAGGAGGUAGCUGGGGGAGGGAUAAGUGACUCCAGCUGGAAGGAAAUCCGGCUCUCUUUGCGUUCCUUUCUGGCCCCUGCUUUUGAGCAGUUCUGGGAUGAAAUGAGUGAGGGGCUGAGGAAGCAUGGGAUGCAGUCCUCCGAGAUCCCAGAGGAGCGCUGGGAGAAGCUGGAACCGUUCCUACACUCCAUUGCCGCCAAAGUGGCUCUCAGGCGUUUAAAGAGCCAGAAAGCUCGAGAUGGAUCAGCAGCCACAGCUCAACCUGUUAAAGGGGACAGGACCUCUUUCUGGCAGUCCCUAAGGAAAGCCGCAGAGGGCUGGCCCACCAUCGAGAUGCUCCAUUUCCUCAAACACCUCCAGGGCCAUGGCCCCCCUGUGCUGGAGAGCGGCCUCCAUUUUCUACUGGAGGUGCAGAAAUUCAAGAACGCCCACCACGCCUGGCCUGACAUGGCUCUUCUGAAGAAGAAAGUCCAUGUGAUACGUGACUGUUUUCUCAACUCUCAGAUUGAGCCCCGGCUACAGGUACAACACCUUUCCUGGGUAAGGGGCAGACAGCAAAUGUGACAGGGAUACAUCCUGCGCAAGGGGCAAAGGCUCCCUAUUUUAUACCUCCAAACAACAGGCGUGGCAAGGGAGCAACACCUGCUGUAUUUUUUCUCCCUUGAGCCUGCUCCUAAAGGAGUAAAUUUGGGAAGGGAGGUGCAUUCAAAGAGCUGUUUGACAGUGGACCAGACUUCCUAGGGAGCAGUGGUUUUUAUUACAUAUUUUGUGUUUUUAUCUUGCAUUUUUAUGCCGUGAACUGCCCUGCGAUCUACCGAUGAAGGAUGAUAUACAAAUUUAAAUAAAUAAAUAAAAGCUAGUAGCUUUGGCAAACUAGUUGUUGGUGUUGCCUGCAGAUCAGUAAUUCCAAAAUAAUUAAAUGCUACUAUCAGUCUCCUGCCAGCAGAAUUAAUCUCAGCUUCUCACAGUCCCUGACUCAUUGUAUCUGGGGAAUGCCUUGCCUGCGCGCAGCUGCUGCCUCUCAGCAUUCGGGCAGAGAAACCAGAUUAUACCCAAACAGAGGCCAGAGUAGUACGAAAAUGGUGUGAGUGAGAGCACACACGCUUGACCUCAAAUUACUGCUUCUGCUUUAUUCUGCUGUUGGAAGAGCCGUGGGCAGGGAGGAUGUUUCCUGUGGGUUAUCUUGGCAUGCUCCCAAGUCCAGGAUGCUGAAUGUGUGCUUCCUGCCCUCCAGGUUGCAGUGGAUACUCGGAGGCUGGGGAGAGCUAUUCGGGCAGCUGAACAGGCUCUCCAGGAAGAGAUUCCAGUACCGCCUCCAAGCUUGUUUGAUGAGUUGAAGGAUUCAGUCUUUAAUAUUCUGCUGCCAUACUGGGCCGCUUUCCAAAAACACUGGCUCAAGCAGUCCCCUGCAAGCGCACAAAAAGCCCCAGGUGGGUUUACUUUCACUUGGAAAACAGAAGAAAGAAAAUGGCACAUGUCCAUGCAGAGAUCCUGCCAUUGGUGUGUGUGCGCGCAUUAACAUAGGCAAUCCCUGUGGCAAAACAUGUUUUGCGCUCCUGGUUGAUGUGUGGGGGAAAUUAAGUGCAAUUGUGUAGUUCUAAUGCAAAAUAUACAUAAAGUCCUAGGUUCAGUCUCUCUGCUGGAAGGAUCUCACAAGUGAGAAUGCUGGAAAAGACCUCCAACAGAGGCAGUAGAUGGCUGGCUACUGCCAGGGUAAACGGGCCUGGUCUCGGUAGCCCGUUAGUCUAAUUCAAUCUUAGAAAAAUGCUUCGGCCUCCUGGCAGAAAGUCUUUCAAGACGGUAAAUGUGAAAAUCAGCUCUGGUCAAUUUCUGACUGAUUUUAUCUGAGGGCAUAACGUGUUUCAUGGAACAGGGAGUAAGGUUGUACAGUAAAAGCUCUCCAGAGUAACACCCAUGUGUUUUACCAGUACAUCACACUGAGAGAAGAAACAGCUUUGAUAGGUCUUCCCUCUCUGCAGUGUUGAGAAAUCAGCUCCUCCUCCAGAAGAGGCGGGCCAUGCUUGAAAAGGUGCAAGGGCCACCAACACAGCUUCUUCAACUGCCACCGCUCCAGGGGCCCAGGGAAGUCCAGCAAAGCAGGGGUCAGGAGGGCUUUACUUACACUUUCUCCAUCAGCAAAGGCCUCACGCUACAGGUCAGUAUGCGGCAUUGCACUCUUUACCGUUUCCUAGGAUUCAGUGGCUUAGAAUACUGGGAGAGGAGUGAAAGUACAAACCAAUCUGGCAAGAGUGUUGGCUUUUCCCUGCUAAGUGAUACAGGCUGAUAUUCCCGCAAGCUGCUGCUCAUCUAAGAAAGUAGUUCCUCCUCUGCAGCCAACUCAGAGCAUUGCAAGACAAAGCUAUCACCAAAUUUGGUACAGCCAAGAAUUGUGAUAGCAGCUCCUGGGUGUUGCACAAACAACCCUAACCAGCUGCCACCAACUUAAGUUUUUUCCCCAUUUACACCCAGAUGACUAUGCCUGGGAGCCUGUUGCAAAUGCAGUCUCUGGUUCGUUUCCACGCUCAAAGGAUGCAUACGCAUGCCAACAGUAGAUAUAGUAAUGGUAGUAUUUGUUGCCUUUGGAAUUAAACAGAAUGUAACAGAAUAGCCGAAAAUGUAAACAGUUCAUUGCAGGCUUUAUAUGUGUUUGACAGAAUGGCAUCAAAAGCAAGAAAUUACAACAAGCAGUCUUGGAAGCAAUGUAUAGGACCACUUGCUGGAAAGCUUAUCUGUGAAUAUGUCACUAUUCAGGGAAGAUUUUUAGUCCCAUGAGCCUACACUAGAGAGCAGGAGCAGAUGAAUUGAGUUGAUCAUCUCUCAAAAUGCCUACCCUCUGUUGUUGUUUUAUAUGGCAUCAUAACGUGGUCUUUUUGACAACAUUUUUACAUAUGCAAUAGUAGUACUCUAUAAUGGGUUGUAGUAGUUCUGUAGAGAAUACCAUGAUCUGUAAAUGACCCAACACUCAGCAAGUGUCUGAAAAACGUGGGAUUCCUUGUUGUAGAGCAGGGAUUAUAGCAACGUCUGCAGGGUUCCCCAUCCCGGUUGCAGGGAGUUGAAUUAGCUUGUGUGUGUCAACUAGGUAUUGCCCUGCAGUUGUGGCAGAAACAUUGAUGCACUCCAGUGUCACUUUAGGCUAGAAAAUGAUAAUACACUAAUACAGUAACUCCUUUUCUCCUUAGGGCAUGAGCAAAGAACUCAUGAGUCACAGCAAGACUAGCUCUUCUGGGUUUCAAAACAGGAAGAGAUCAACUGGAUUUCAGUUUCCCUCACUUCCCAAUGUGCCGGUGCUCACUUGA